AUGGCGUUCAAACUGGGACUACUUAUCUGUGCGCUGAUCCAGCUUUCAACGGCCGCGGUAGAAGUACCGGGAGCGUUGCUUAAGAGUUCAUCAGUUGCAACUUUUGCAGCGGUGGCAGCAGCAGUAGCACCAACCUGCGACAAAGUUAGCGUUUAUUCUACGUGCAAUGAUUGCAACGAGGUUUUAAUUUGCCUGGGAGCAUCAGAGGAUACAAGGGACUGCAGCGUAACGUCGCCAUCUACUCCGUACUGUUCCAAUGGGGCAUGUUCUGCGAUGCCAGACUCUUCCGCUGACUGCCUUCCCGACGGAAUAGUCUGCACCGGUGUGGGAUUCUUUCCUGAUCCAAAGAACUGUCAGCUUUACCAUUACUGCGAAAAAGUCAGCGAUAAAUCGUCCGUUUACGAGUGCCCACCAAACUAUGUGUACAAUGCAGAAACCAGCCUGUGCAAACAGUCAUCACAAGCUAAAGAUUGCAUAACGAUUCAGUGUGAUCUGAGCAAGAUUUUCGUUAGCUAUGGCACCAGCAAGAAAUACUACGCCUUCUGUCAAUAUGACGGUACUACAGUGAAGAGCAUCUCAAUUCUCAAAUGUGGCGAUAAUUCAAGCUUCGAUGGAACGACCUGCGUCUUCAAAUGCCCUGCUGCUGGUAAUUAUGCGCACGCGGAUCCGUCCAAGUACUACCAGUGCUAUAGCUCCGGAGGGCAGCUAGUGUAUACGGUGCAAAGUUGCACCACUGGAAAGAACUUCGAUCAGAGCCUAAAAGUUUGCAUCACGGCGGUAACGACAACAACGGUGGCAACAAACAAUGACUAGACCAUCGUUAUUUUAAUUCACAAAGGUUACAUUGAGAUUGAUUCAAUACAGGACGAUAAAAAAAGACCCAAUGAUGGCAAGCAUUAUCAAGAGGAAUAUUCCUGCAAAAUUAUAAAAUAUUGUCGAAUUUAAUUGAUUGGUGGAUUAAUUGACCAUCACGAAGCAGAAUCAAUAA